CAACCUGUAACCCAGCCCAGGCCCCGGUGUCGGCGGCGGGGUGAGCCGGGGCCGGGGAGAGAACGCCCGGCAGCGCCCACCGGGUCCCCGCAAGGCCGGGCGCAGCUCGGAGCCGGGAGCGGGCCCAGCGCGUGGCUUCCCGGAAGGCCCCGCGCACCGGAAGGCGGGAGGGAAGGCGGGGCCAGCGCCGGGACCGCCACCGAGGCCUGCGAGACCCUCCGCGGGGCCGGGGCUGGGUAGCCGGGCAGGGAGCGGCGGUACAGCAGGGCCCGGGUCGCGGGCGCGUCUCCAUCUCCACGCGGGCCGCAGCAGCCUCUGACCGCCGAGCGCGCACCGCAGGCCUUCGCUCCCGCAGGCCAGCAACGAUGACCAUCAUGGUGGAGGACAUCAUGAAGCUGCUGUGCUCCCUUUCCGGGGAGAGGAAGAUGAAGGCGGCAGUCAAGCACUCCGGGAAGGGUGCCCUGGUCACAGGGGCCGUGGCCUUCGUCGGGGGUUUGGUGGGUGGCCCGCCGGGACUUGCCGUUGGGGGUGCUGUCGGGGGGCUGUUAGGUGCCUGGAUGACAAGUGGACAGUUUAAGCCAAUUCCUCAGAUCAUAAUGGAGCUGCCCCCUGCCGAGCAGCAGAGGCUCUUUAAUGAAGCCACAGCCAUUAUCAGGCACCUGGAGUGGACGGACGCCGUGCAGCUGACCGCACUGGUCAUGGGCAGCGAGGCCCUGCAGCAGCAGCUGCUGGCCAUGCUGGUGAACUACGUCACUAAGGAGCUGCGGGCCGAGAUCCAGUACGACGACUAGGCCGCACCUCUGGGGAGGCGGGGGACUCCUUUGGAUGAUGCUGUGACUCUGAAGAGGUGGCUUGGGAGCUAGGAGAAGUCCAGUGGAUGCCCCUGGGGAACCUCCACAUCAUCAGUGUACUGCUAGCAACGUCCUGCUGGAGAGGCGACCUCCGUGCAGUGUCACGUUCCAGAAAUUACUUACAAAGAAGCACGUGCCAGCGGCGUGUCCACUGACGUGCCAUGACAGCCCUCUCACCAGACCCCCAGUGAAGAGCAAAGGCCUGCCUGCCGCAAGCUUCGAUGGCAUCUACUGAAUCCUGUCACCCGUGUGGGUCUGGGGAGAUGAUCCUGCUCAGCCAAUGGUCUGACCACGCCUCAUCCUCCCGCGGGGGGCCUCUGGUCUUGGGAGAUGACUCCUCUUCCAAACACCUCCUACAGGUCUGGAGGCCGCCCAUCUGCAGGCCCUGGGGUCUCGGAGCCUUGGAGCGGCCCAUGCCGGAAUCAUGUUUACCUCUUAGUGCAGCCCUUCCCUCCCCAGGGACCACCAAACGGCCCCAUGGAGGGGACGGGUGGCCUGCUGAGUGAAGCCUCAAGCACCAAGUGGACUUGACCCCAGUCCCCACUAGCUGCACACCUAGACUCGCCCUCCCAUCUGAAAAGUCGUGGUAGUUCUUAAGAUUUAUUUCUCAAAUGAAAUAUUCUUAGUAAAAAGGACAGGCAUACCUCGGAGAUAAUGUGCAGUAGCAUUAUGUCUAAAAAAAUGUACAAACCUUAAUUUAUAAAUAUUUAUUGUUCAAAAUGCUGACAGAGACACAAAAUGGGCACCUGCUGUUGGAAAAAUGGUGCCAAUAGACUUGCCUGAUGCAGGGCCGCUACAAACCUUCCGUUUUUGAAAAAACACAGUAUCUGUAAAGCAUAGUAGAGAGAGGUAUGCCUGAAUUGCUCUUGCUGAAGUGGUGUGAUAUAAACCACCCCUAAGGAAUGUCUCCACCCUGAAGAUGUCCCCAGUACAGUCAGCUCUCUGUGACCGUGGGUUCCACAUUUGGAUCCCACCAGCCUUGGAUAGAAAAUACUUGGAAAAAAAAAUGCAUCUGUACUGAACACGUACAAACCUUUUUUUCUUGCCCUUAUUCCCUAAACAAUAUGGUGUAGCAUAUUUACAUAGCAUUUAUAGUGUAUUUGGUAUUAUGAGUAAUCUAGAGAUUUAAAUUAUGCAGGAAGGUGUGUGUAGUUUAAAUGCAAACACUCUGCCAUUACCUAUCAGGGACUUGAGCAUCCUCCGUUUUGUGGGGUUGUGCGGUGCAGUCCUGGAGCCCGUCCCCCAUGGAUACUGAGGCAUAGAUGUACUGUGUGUUUUCACUUUCCUUUCACAUCUACAACUGGAGUGUGAUUGAUUACAAUAAAUGUUUUUCUAAAAAGUCA